AUGUGGGAGGUGAAGCUGGAGCCCGACGCCAUCUUCAGCUACAGCUCUGGGAUCAGCGCAUGCGAGAAGGGUGAGCAGUGGCAGUGGGCUCUCGCGAUGAUGAGCGAGAUGUGGGAGGCGAAGCUGGAGCCCGACGUCGUCAGCUACAGCGCUGCGAUCAGCGCGUGCAAGAAGGGUGAGCAGUGGCAGGCGGCGCUAGCGCUGCUGAGCGAGAUGUCGGAGGCGAAGCUGGAGCCCGACGUCUUCAGUCUGCUACGAUGCUGGGAUCAACGCGUGCGAGAAGGGCGAGCAGCGGCAGCGGGUGCUGGCGCUGCUGAGCGAGAUGUGGGAGACAUAGCUGGAGCCCGACGUCAUCUGUGA